UAAACGAGACUUUGUAUACGGGAGGAUAAUUUGGAUCGGCAGUUCCUUAGUAACUCACCUACUAAAAUGUCAGAGCAGUAUUCUGUCGUUACCCAAAGUGUGGUCAAUGUCACAGUGUCCAGCAAUAUAAAUUCGUUUGGCACCGAAAGAAGAUUUCCAAAAGAUAUUCCAAUUGCGGAGUUGAAGAUGAAGCUAGAACUUCUAACAGGAGCAUCUUCUGCCACUAUGAAGCUGGAGGCCUAUGACAAGGAUGACAAGUUGGUGUGUGCAAUGGACAAUGAUGCAGCUAUGCUGGGAUCUUAUCCUGUAGAUGAUGGAAUGAGAAUACAUGUAAAAGAUACAGCCCAUACUGUAGGAGAAUUUGAAGAUGUUUCUAAGGUUGAGAAGUUUGAACUGACAGAAGAAGAGUAUGCUAACAGAACAGAUAGUGUCAGAGCAUUCAAGCAGAGAAUGAAGCUAGGCCGCUUCCAAGAUGUAGAUCCUGAAGUUGCCAAGAAGCAAGAGGAAGAAAAGAAAGAAAAAGAAAAGAAGGAAAAAGAAAAAGCAGAUUCUAUGAAAGUUGGUGACAGGUGUGAAGUCAAGCUAGCUAAUCAGAUGGCAAAGAGAGGCAUUGUACAAUAUGUAGGAACAACAGAUUUCAAACCUGGGUAUUGGGUUGGUGUACAGUAUGAUGAACCAUAUGGAAAGCACAAUGGAACAGUAAAUGGAAAGCAGUACUUUCAAUGUCCAGAUAAAUAUGGUGCCUUUGUAAAGCCUGAGAAUGUGGAAGUAGGGGAUUUUCCUGAAGAAGAUCUUGGCUUUGAGGAUGAUGAAAUGUGAACUGCGGUGACCAGGAGUGAUUGCAUUCCUUCUUGGACGGGGCUUGGGGCGUGGUUGGCAUGUCUUGCAGUCCAGCUUACGAAUCAGCCAG